AUGUUGUGGCACACGAAAGAAAAAAAAGAGGUCCUACAAUGAUGCAUGCAGUACACGUGAGAGAACAUCGUAUAUCCAUCAUAUUAAAUAAAUUUGGACAACCUAUUGGGCCCGAUAAAGCCACACUGGAUCAGUUUUCAUCAUUUUUGGGAACAGUGGCUCGUCAUUAUGCCUUUGCUCCACUAGUUACUCCAACGUGGACCCGUGUAGAAAACAAAAACAAGAUGUGGGAAUAUGUAUUGUCAAAAUAUGAUGUCCCCAUACAUGGAAAAAAAUGGGUCUUAAGUACAAUGGGGUCUGCAUGGAGGGUACACAAGUGUCGAUUCAAGGAAAAGUUUUGCAAAACAUAUAAGGAUAAUAUGACGAGAUGGCGCCACCGCCCAAAAGACAUUCCCCAAAGUGAUUUUCGAG